ACGACUUUUGCUACGGGUGUCAUUCCGAGUCAGGGGCCUGUUACGAAUGUGGUUAUUGCUGGGGAAACGCUUACGCCAGGCGGGAAGAUUACAGUCGGAAUCGACGUUCUGAGUUUGGAGCCGAGCGGAACGGCGAUCACUGUUGUGGGGACCGUUACUAUCGGAGGGGGAAUGAUGACGGUUACUGCAACGGCUGCCCCGAAGAAGAAUGCGGGGGAGAAACGGAGGGGGGGUGUUAUUUUCGUCGCAUUGCAAAUUUCCUUUGUGGCAUUAGCGGUUUGGUUGCAUUAA